AUGCACCACCGCGACCUCACACUUCGCCAGAUUCUCGAAAAAGCGAAUCCGGCGCCACCGCCAGAAUCUCUCGCGAUGUUUCUUCCAGGCUGGGGUAGUCGGUCUCCAGCCGAGCCUCGAUCCGGUCUUGCACACGAUGUCGUGGGCCUUGGGCCUCUCGUCCCUCUGCUUCGUUUUGCGUUGUUGUUUGCAGAGCUGAGUGGCUUCUCCUUGUCUCCUCUUGCGGGCCUGGUCAAUCUCGAAUAA